UUUCAAUUUCCAAAUGGGAAACAUGCAAUUUAUUUCCUCAACAAACUUUUAAUUAUCCGUAGCUAUCACUCGAGAACGGGUGUUAUUUCUGGAUUUAUUCACAAGCGCCGGUUUAUUUAUUGCAAAGCCACCGGUUAAACAGCGGCGGCUUUGCACCAGAACUGCCACGUCUGAGCUAAACCUGGAAUAGUUAAGACGGCAUCCAAAACCCUCUCCCCUAUUGCCAUCAAGUCCUUUUUGCAGCCUUAGCUACAAAAGCGUAAUACGGCGAAGCGGGGCUGUGGACGCUCUCAAUCGGAAACGCUGAGGAUCGUAGCUGCCGCUACGGACGGAGCAAAGCCAGCCCGGUCGCUCGUGCCUCCGCCCUUCGGUGCAAACAGGAAGCCGAAGGGACGGACGGAGCACCGGGCGCCGCAGCCGUGAAGCGAACCCCAGGAAGUAGGCAAAACCCAGGGCGCGGACGGACGCCAUGGCGGACGGGAUGGGAACUAGGGAAGAAGAAGAGGAGACUUUGCGGCGCUGGGAGCGUCAACAAAUCCAGAUGAAAGAAGAUGUGAUUGAACAAGACACACAGGAAUGGCAGAGCAAUUUCUCUUUUACUGGACUGGAAAGAGUUGGAGGAAUGGAUUUGUCUUUUCUCAAAGAAGAUGCCACACGUGCCUGUGCUUCACUGGUGGUGCUCAGCUACCCAGAACUUGAGGUCCUCUAUGAAGAUUGCUAUGUGGUGGCUGUGAAUGCCCCCUAUGUGGCAGGAUUCCUGGCUUUCCGAGAAGUCCCUUUUUUACUGGAGGCUGUACAGCGGCUGGAGACGCAGAAGCCUGGCCUCAAGCCCCAGGUGCUUCUUGUAGAUGGAAACGGCAUUCUGCAUCACCGAGGUUUUGGCAUCGCCUGCCAUCUUGGUGUUCUCACAGAUCUUCCCUGUAUUGGUGUAGCCAAAAAUCUCUUGCAGGUUGAAGGUUUGGCCAAUGAUGAGCUUCACAAGAAACAAAUCCAAGAUCUUCAGGCAGGAGGAGAUGCAUUCCCACUGACAAGUACCUCUGGGAAAAUCUUGGGUAUGGCCUUGCGUAGCUGUGCCAAGAGUACAAAACCUGUAUACAUCUCAGUAGGCCACAAGAUAAGUCUACUAUCAGCUGUGCGCCUGGUCCAUUCUUGUUGCAAGUAUCGGAUUCCUGAGCCCAUCCGGCAGGCGGAUAUAAGAUCCAGAGAAUAUAUCCGGAAACAUAUGGAGGUCAACAUUGGUGUGCCCCCUCCUCAGCCAGAGAGAGGCCAAGAUCUGGAAAGUGCCAGAUUGGGGGAGGCUGACAAAGAUGAAGACAAGCAUUGAGAGCUAAUCACAAAGAUGAGCUUUCAUCUCUAAGGCCACCAUCCUGGGGAAGAGAAUGUGGCAAUUUCCAUCUAUUCCACAAAGCACUGCCCAGAGGUCAAAGACAAUCAAGACAGCUCUUUCAAGAGCACUUUCAUCCAGGGAUUUGCCAACCCCAUUUUGGAGCAAGAAACAUCAUCCUAACAGAGUAGGCCUGGUCUUUAAGUGAACACAAAAGGCAAACGAAAUGAUCCGGAUGAAUAGUGAUCUAAGGCAGUGAUGAUGGUGGUAGACGGGUUGCCCUGUGUAGCUGACAGAUUACUUUCCUGCAGUGCAGAGAAUCUUGGGUGAAUUCCUCAGGAAGGACUUUUUUGUCUACCAUCUGCUCCAUUGCUUAUCCUGAAGUUUCCUUUCAGGACAGUAAAAAUCCUGAAACUUAGGAUAGCUUUCCCAAUUUUGGUCCUUUCCAAGUGUGCUGCCUGGGAAUUCUGGCAGUUGAGGGCCAACAUAUUCUGGAAGGGAAUAAAUCAUUAUGUGCCAGUUUAAUGGUCAUAGGCUCGGCUUGAUCCCUGUAAGCAAAAAAAUACAUUUCCUAACACGGCAUUACAUAUUGACUGAAGACACUGAACGCUGACUAUGGUAUGAUAUUUUGUUUUUAAAUUAUUGUGAAAUGCUGUUUUCUGCUUAUUCUAUUUAUCCUAUUUGUACACUGCACACUCCUGGCAAAGCUACCUUGUGGCAGUGUAUGUGCAUCUAUGGUGAUGGGGAGUAUAUAUUGGUUUUAAUAGGUUGAGUAGUGUGAAUUAUUCACAACAAUUUGCUCAAUUUUCCUGCCAUGAAACUGAUGCUGGUUAAACCUGUUAUUGAGCUAAGAAAGAGUUUGGGUUAUCCUUGAAAUCACAAGUGCCUUAAAUACUCUUUAUAUUCCUUUUUACCUAUUCUAGCCAAAGUGAGUUGCUCCAUGGCAAGUUGGCUGUGGUGAGUUGUCCUGCAGUGAGUUGACCGUGGCGAAUUGGCUAUGACAAACUGGCUACAUGAGUUGGCUGCAGUGAGUUGUCCCAUUCCCUACUGCAGAGGCACAAUAAUUGUCCUGAUGCCUCACUGUCCAUUCUUGUGUUCUUCCUCUCUGCCUGGGAUAGUGCUGAGAUUUUGGAAAGACUACUGAUGCAGUCAUAGAGCUGGGCAUCUGCUAAUUCUCAGAUCUGUCUCAUCUGCCCACUUCUUGUCUCUCUUCCCCGAGAGCAGGUACUCAUCAGUGCCAGAAAUAAGUAACUUGUUUCUAGGUUACAUACUCCAAGAGUUCUAAUUUCAGAGAAGGAGUAAAUUGUUUCACAGGGCUUCUGUUCUCUAGUGCCAUCUUACUGUGUUGCAUCAACUGUGCAACAACUUCACAAUAGAGAAGAGAGAGUCUAGAUUAAUACAACUUUGCUCAGGUUAGUGAUAAGGCUAGUGAAGAAAUCAAACCUGUUUACUAAAGGGGAAGUCCUGAGUUCAGUGGCACUUAUUAGAAAGUCAGCAGGCUGCAGGCUGCAGCUUCUGUUCCCCAAGGUAUUCUAGCAUCCACCUAGAAGUGCAGAAGCCAGCUGUAGAAACACUUUCUGUCGAUAAACAAUCUCCGAAAACUGCUUUCCUGGAGAUACUGAAAACAUUGCUCAAUUAAUUAAUUAGCUACCAGAGAGUCUGUUAAUGAGCUUUUCAAAUUCUCCUGCAUUUGUUGGCAGCUCUAAGGGGUUUUAUCCUCCUGCCCCUCUCCAGGAUAAAUGAAAACGGUCUCUGAACAUUAAUGGGGCAUCAAGAAUGUGGUUAAAUACCUUUUUUUUCCAAGUUAUAAUUCUAUGUAAAUUUUAAUCCUUUACUCCACAUAUUCUCCCCUUGAUCAAGCAUUAUAUUCAAGUUUUUUUCCCACUUACAGUGCAUUCAGAAAGUAUUCCGACCCCCUUCAUUUUUGUCAAUUUUGUUAUGCUGGAUCCUGAUUCUUCAGUUGUUGAAAUUCAUUUUUUUCUCAUUAAUCUGUACUCAGUAUCCUAUAAUGACAAAGUGAAAACAGAAUUGUAAAAAUGUCUGUAAAUUUAUUAAAAAAACCAAAUUGAAAUAUUGCAUUGACAUAAAUAUUCAGACCAGAGGUGAGUUUCAGCAGGUUCGGACCAGUUCUGGAGAACUGGUAGCGGAAAUUUUGAGUAGUUCGGAGAACUGGUAGUAAAAAUUCCAACUGGCCCCGCCCCCAUCUAUUCUCUGCCUCCCAAGUCCCAGCUGAUUGGGAGGAAAUGGGGAUUUUGCAGUAACCUUCUGGAGUGGGGUGGGAAUGGAGAUUUUACAGUAUACUUCCCCUGCCACGCCCACCAAGCCAUGUCAUGCCCACCAAGCCACACCCACAGAACCGGUAGUAAAAAACUUUGAAACCCACCACUGAUUCAGUCCCUUUGCAACAACACUUGAAAUUUAGCUCUGGUGAUUCCCAUUUCUCUUGAUUGUUGCUGACAUGCUUCUAUACCUUGAUUGAGGUAAAUUAAACUGAUUGGACAUGAUUUGGAAAGGCACAUAUCUGUCUAUAGAAGGCCUCACAGCUGACAAUGCAUAUUGUAGCACAGCAAAAGUCACGAAGUCAAAAAACUGCCUGCAGAGCUCAGAGACAGAAUUAUUGCAAGGCAUAGAUCUGGGGAAGGCUGCAAUAAAAUUUCUGCUGCACUGAAUUUCUGUUCACUGAAGGUUCCUAAGAGCACAGUGGCCUCCAUAAUUCUCAAAUGACACAACCAGUACUCUUCCAAGAGCUGGUCAUCCAGACAAACUAAGCAAUCGGUGGAGAAGGGCCUUAGUAAGAGAGGUGACCAAGAACCCAAAAGUCACUCUGACUGAACUCCAGAGAUCCUGUGUGGAAAUGGAAUAGAGUUCCAGAAGGACAAUCACUGCAUCCCUCCACCAAUCUGGGCUUUAUGGCAGAGUGGCUAGACAGAAGCCUCUCUCAGUGCAAAACACGUGAAAGCCUGCUUGGAGUUUGCGAAAAAGCAUCUGAAGGACUCUCAGACUGUGAGGAACAAGAUUCUCUGGUCUGAUGAAACCAAGAUUGAACUGUUUGGCCUCAAUUCUAAACAUUAUGUCUGGAGGAAACCAACCACUGCUCAUUACUUGCCCAGUAUCAUCCCAACAGUGAAGCAUUGGCAGUAUCAUGCCGUGGGGGAUAUUUUUCAGCAGCGGGGACUGGGAGACUGGUCAGGGUUGAGGGAAAGCUGAAUGGAGCAAAGUACAGGGAUAUCCUCAAUGAAAACCUGUUCCACAGCACUUGGGACCUCAGACUGGGCUGAAGGUUUACUUUCCAACAUGCCAACGAUCCUAAGCAUACAGCCAAGACAACACAGAAGUGGCUUAGGGACAACUCUGUGAAUGUCCUAGAGUGGCCCAGCCAGAGCCCUGACUUGAACCCUAUUGAAUAUCUCUGGAGGAACCUGAAAAUGGCUGUCCAUUUUGAAAGUCGCCAUCCAACCUGACUGAGCUUGACAGGAUUUGCAAGAAAAAAGGGCAGAAAAUCCCCCAAUCCAGGUGUGCAAAGCUUGUCAAGUCAUACCCAAAAAGACUUGAGGCUAUAAUUGCUGUCAAAGAUGCUUCAACAAAGUACUGAGUGAAGGAUCUGAAUACUUAUGCCAAUGUGAUAUUUCAGUUUUUUAUACCAGAUUUAUAGAAUUUUUAUAAUACGAUGUACUGUUGGUAUUCAGCUGCUGAUAAAUUGUCAAAAAAGUGUAAGGCAUCUGAAGAUAAAUUUUAUUUUUGAUGGACAUGUAAAAAAGCUAAAAAUUAUUGGGAUCAGAUGUACCUUUAUUUUGAGAAUUCUUGGAAUAAAUGUGCACUUGAAACCAAAGAUUUUUCUUUUACGUUUGAUGGAUUGAAAAAAAAAGUGAGACUUUAUAUGAUCACAGCAGCAAGACAGAGAUGGAGGGAUUUACAGAUUCCCACAAUGGAAGAAUGGAUGGUGAAGUUAAUGGAGUUGGCAGAGCUGGCAAAAUUGGCAACUUUGAUUAAAGAAAGACUUUAACUUUGUUGCUACUUGGAAACCACUUUUGGAUUGUUUUCUUGAAACUGAAAGAAAUGAAACUUUAAUCGUGGGAUUGAUUAUUAGAACUUUAUAAUUAUCAGAAUAUUAUAUGCUUAUAUUUGUAUAGGUACCAAAGAAAAUUGGAAGUUUUGUUUUCUAUUUUUUUCCUAUUGUUCCUUUUCUACAUUCUAAUCUUGUUUCCAUCUUGACCUUUCCCCCUUUUUUUAUUUUUCUAUUUUAUAUUUUAUUCUUUGUUGAAACGAUAACAUUUCGUAAAUGAAGAAUGUUUACUAUAUAAACUAUGUCCACAAUU